UUUUUUAAAGUUACAAGAAGUUGAAACAAACUGCUCGCAGCCUCCCAGAAUGGCAGACCAGAAGCGCCUUGCCUACUCCAUCAUCCAGUUUCUACAUGACCAGCUACAGAAUGGGGGUCUGUCUCCAGAUGCUCAGGAGAGUUUGGAAGUGGCCAUCCAGUGCCUGGAGACAGCAUUUGGGGUCUCGAUGGAAGACCAAGGCCUAGCUGUGUCCCAGACUCUUCCUGAAAUAUUUGAAGCUGCUGCAGGAAAGGAGCCUGAACACAUCAGAACAAAUUCAGAGCCCAUCACCCCCUCUGAAGAUGACAUAGCUGAAGCUGAAAGACUCAAGACUGAAGGAAAUGAACAAAUGAAGGCAGAAAACUUUGAAGCUGCUGUAUCUUUCUAUGGAAAAGCAAUUGAGUUAAAUCCAUCCAAUGCUGUGUAUUUUUGCAACAGAGCUGCUGCAUACAGUAAACUAGGAAAUUAUGCUGGAGCAGUAAGAGACUGUGAAAGAGCUAUAGGCAUUGAUCCAAACUACAGCAAAGCUUAUGGCAGAAUGGGCUUGGCCCUCUCCAGUUUAAAUAAACACACAGAAGCUGUUGUUUACUACAAAAAAGCGCUGGAGCUGGAUCCAGACAAUGACACAUACAAAUCAAACCUUAAAAUAGCUGAACAGAAAAUGAAGGAGACUCCUAGUCCAACUGGAGGUCCAGGAGGAUUCGAUUUAGCUGGCUUGCUGAACAACCCCGGCUUCAUGAGUAUGGCAUCUAACCUAAUGAACAAUCCACAAGUACAACAGCUCAUGUCCGGGAUGAUUUCUGGUGGCCACAAUGCCAUGGGAGCAGCAGGCACCAGCCCCUCCACGAAUGAUCUCGCCAGCCUCAUACAAGCGGGCCAGCAGUUCGCUCAGCAGAUGCAGCAGCAGAAUCCUGAACUAAUAGAGCAGCUACGAAGCCAGAUUAGGAGUCGAACUCCAAGUGCCAGUAACGAAGAUCAGCAGGGAUGA